GCAGGCUGUACCAAAUUGUCAGCCAUGUUGUUUUUGUGACAGAGCUAUCAGCAACAGGUACAGCUCGAAAUCCACCACAUUCUGUCCGAAAUACCGCUCUCUGGAUUGUAUAUUCCCUUUCAAAUCCCAGGAAACGUUGGCUGAAAGGAUGGUCGUCUGAGAGGGAAGCUUUUUGAUUCACUCAGCAGCGCAUUUAUGUCUUUUUCGGCUGUUCUGGAAACAGAUGCCAGCCAGCUAGCGUGCUGAGGAGAGGCGAGGAUCAGGAGUGAUCGUCCUCUGCCCCCCACCCCCCAUCCCAUCCACCUGCAGUCAUGAAUGGUGGUCGUAGUAUCUGGGCCAUCACCCCCGAGGAGAGGGAGAAACAUGACAAGCAGUUCGACACGCUCUACCCGGCCCUGGGCUACAUCUCAGGUGACCAGGCUCGCAAGUUCUUCCUGCAGUCGGGGCUCCCCUCCACUGUGCUGGCGGACAUCUGGGCUCUGGCGGACAUGAAUAAGGAUGGGAAGAUGGACCGCUUGGAGUUCUCCAUCGCCAUGAAGCUCAUCAAGCUCCGCCUACAGGGAACAAGCCUGCCCACAGCUCUACCAAUCAUCAUGAAGCAACCCCCCAUACCUGCCCCCUCGCUCAUGGGUAUGGGCUCUAUGACGGCCCCGACCAUGAUGCCCAUGCUCACUCCCAUGCCCAUGGGGGCGCCGCUGGGUUCCCUGGGUCCCAUGCCGGGCCUCACGCCCAUGGUGCCCACGGCGGUGGGGAUGGGCAUGCCCACCCUCAUGCCCACCAUGGGCAGCCCGGCACUGCCCAACGGCACCGUGGGACUGCUGCAGACCUCGCCAAUGCCUCUCUCUGGGGGGAUUCAUACCAUGUUUCGGCGGUAUUCAGGUCUGCCUCUCUCAGGCUCCUACUCUUCCUCCCCUCUGGGAUUCUCCACCACUCCCAUCAACAAGACCUCCUCCCUACUAGACCUCAGCUCCAGCUCCAACUCUUCCUCCACCACCUCCCUGGCCGGCAUGUCCCCCAAGAUGGGACUGGGACUGGCCCCUCUGGACUGGGCUGUCCCCCACAACUCACGCCUCAAGUACCGCCAGCAGUUCAACAGCCUGGACCGCCAGAUGGCAGGACACCUCACUGGCCAGCAAGUGCGGAAUGUCCUGUCGUCCACCAUGUUAUCUCAAACCCAGCUAGCCAGCAUCUGGAACCUGGCGGACGUGGACAAGGAUGGGAAGCUGCGGGCGGAGGAGUUCAUCCUGGCCAUGCACCUGGUAGACAUGGCCAAGAUGGGCCAGCCCCUGCCCCUCACACUACCCCCAGACCUGGUGCCACCCUCACUCAAGGGUAAGCUAGGUUUAGGAGAUGCCCUGAAUGGCAACAGCACCUCCUACAACAGCCUGACUGACCUUGACCUUGACCUCGAGCCUCCACAGAAGAACAAGAGCAACUUGACGUUCGAGGACAAGUUCAAGGCCAACAUGGAGCGGGGCAACGCGGAGCUGGAGAAGCGGCGCGCGGCCCUGGCGGAGCAGCAGAGGAGGGAGGAGGAGCGGCGCCAGCAGAAGGCCCGCGAGGAGCAGGAGAGGAGGGACAGGGAGGCGCGCGAGCUGGAGAUGCGCAGGCGGCGCGAGGAAGAGGAGAGGCAGGAGAGGCUGCGCGAGAUCGAGAGGCAGAAGGAGGAGGAGAGGCUCAAGGAGCUGGAGCGCAAGGAGGCGGCCCAGAAAGAGCUGGAGCGCCACAGGAAGUUGGAGCUGGAGCGAAGGCGUAAGCAGGAACUACAGAGCAGGAAGAGCGAUGAGCAGGAGGACGUCAUUCGCCUGCGCGCCAAGAAGAGGAGCUUGGAGAUGGAACUGGAGGCAGUGGGUAACAAGCACAAGCAGAUCUCUGAUCGGCUGCUAGACGCCCAGGGCAGGAAGGCCAGCCACAGGGCCGAGCUGGAGAGCGUUAACCAACGCAGGGACGGACGCAUCAGCGACCUCAACAGCCUGCAGAUGCAGGUGGAGGACUUCCAGAGGAAGCUGGCCCAGCUGGCACCAGAACAGCAGAAACUCAACGACAAGCUGCGCGUGGUCAGGCUCAACAACAUGCCGGCUGCUACAAUGUCGACCCUGCAGACCAGCGUGAGUGAGAAGGACGUUGUGUGUCGACGUCUGAAGGAGCAGCUUGAUGCUUUGGAGAAGGAGACCGCCACCAAGCUGGCCGACAUGGACCAGUACAAGAAAGACAUCAUGGAACUGAGGGAGAGUCAGAGGAAACAGCAAGCCGCACUGGACAAACUGCGCAGCAUCAAGGAAGACAAACUACGGGAUCUGAAGAAGCACAAGAAGGAUGAGCUGGAGAAGAAGAGGAAAGAGGAGGAUGACGAGAGGAGGCGUGUGCAGGAGGAGCGGGAGAGGGAGCGGCAGGAGAAGCUGAAGAGGGAGGAGGAGGAGAGGCAGAGGAGGCUCCGCGACGAGAGAGAGCGAGCGGAGAGGGAGCGCCGGGAGAAGGAGGAAGAGGAGGAGAGGAGGAGGAAGAAAGAGCAGGAGGAGCAGGAGAGGAGGGAGCAGGAGCGCAGGCGGGAAGAGGAGAGGAGGAAACGGGAGGAAGAGGAGAGGAAGCAGAUAGAGGAGGAGAGGAAGCUCGCCGCUGAGGAGCGAAAGAAAAGAGAGGAGGAACGGAGGAAAGCAGAGGAGGAGCGGAAACGCCUGGAGGAGGAGAGGAGGAAGCUGGAGGAGGAACGCAAGAAACUGGAGGAGGAGAGGAAGAGGAAAGCAGAGGAGGACCGGAGACGCGUGUUAGAGGAGGAGAGGAAGAGAAAGGAGGAGGAGAGGAGGCAAGAGGACGAGCGCAGGAGAGAGGAGCAGAAGAGAGCAGAGGAAGAGAGGAGGAGGAAAGAGGAGGAGAGGAGGAUGGAAGAGGAGAGGCGUAGAGAAAAGGAGGAGGAUGACCGAAGAAAGCAUAGAGCGCAGGAGGCCGCCAAGAGAGACCUGGACGAGAGGAGGAGGCAGGAGGAGGAGAGCAGGAGAGCGGAGGAGAAGAAGAGGGCGGAGGAGGAGAGGAGAGCGCAGGAGCGUAAACGGCAAGAGGAGGAGAGGAAGAGGAAGCAGCAACAGGAGGAAGAGGCCACGGCCGCCAGGAAGAGAGAAGAGGCUGCCAGGCAACAACAACAACAAAAGCAACAGCAGCAGCAGCAACAAGCCCAGCAGAAUAACACACGGCCCACAGACAUCCAGGAGAAACUCACAGCACUACUCAGGGGCCUGGAGGAGAGGAAAGGUGGGCGUCAGCCCCAGGCCACUGAGCACAGGAAGUCUGCAGCGCUGACCACCUUCAAGGCCCUCUACCCAUUCGCAGCACGCAACGACGAGGAGCUCUCCUUCGAGGCCGAUGACCUCAUCGAGGUGGACGAGAGUGUUGACCGUGAGCCGGGCUGGCUGUAUGGGAGUCGGCAGGGGAAGAUGGGCUGGUUCCCAGAGAGCUACGUGGAGAAGCAGACCAAGCCAGACCAAGCACCCAAGACACCCCUCAAACCUAAGCCCUCCAACUCCAUCUCUAGUAAACCCAGUGAGAGCUCUGCCUUCACCCCUACCCAGGCACCCAACUCUGCCUCCUCAGACAGCAGCCAGGUGGUGAACCUUCAGGCGCAGGCCCUGUGCUCGUGGACGGCCAAGACGGACAACCACCUGAACUUCCAGAAGGACGAGCUGAUCACGGUGCUGGAGCAGCAGGACAGCUGGUGGCUCGGGGAGCUCAACGGGGUGCAGGGCUGGUUCCCCAAGUCGUACGUCACCGUCAUCGGACAGGCAGACAACCACGCAGAUGUGGCUGACGGGACUGCUGAUGGCUCUGACGCUUCUCAACAAGAGUUUGUUGCGCUGUACACGUAUGAAAGCCCUGAGCCGGGUGACCUGACGUUCAGUGCUGGGGACUCCAUCCUGGUGACGGAGAAGGAGGGGGAGUGGUGGAGGGGCUGCAUAGGGGAACGCUACGGAGUAUUCCCCUUCAACUACGUCAAGCCCAAGGAGGCCGAUACCUCCAGCAUCUCAGGGAAGCUUGGGCAGUCUAAAAAGAAAGAGAUAGCCCAGGUGACUAUGGCCUACACGUCCAGUGGUGCAGAGCAGCUGACUGUGGCCCCCGGCCAGCUCAUCGUCAUCCACAGCAAGGACACCACCGGCUGGUGGCUCGGGGAACUGCAGGCCAGGGGUAAGAAGAGGCAGAAGGGCUGGUUCCCUGCCUCUCAUGUCAAGGUGCUUGGCUCCAACAGUGGCAAGUCCACCCCGGCACCUGCAGUAGUUUGCCAAGUCAUUGCUAUGUACGACUACACGGCGGCCAACCAGGACGAGCUCAGCUUCUCCAAGAGUCAGCUGAUCAGCGUGCUGGACAAGAGCGAUCCCGAUUGGUGGAGAGGGGAGAUCAACGGGGUGACGGGCCUCUUCCCGACCAAUUACGUCAAGAUGACCACCGCCGAGUCCGACCCCAGUCAGCAGUGGUGUGCGGACUUGACAAGCCUGGACUCUCUGAGCCCCCAGGAGAGGAAGAGGCAGGGCUACAUCCACGAGCUCAUCGAGACCGAGCAGAAAUAUGUUGAGGACCUGCAGCUGGUUCUGGAGGUCUUCCACAAGCCCAUGUCAGAGUCGGGUCGUCUGACGGAGCAGGAGAUGGGCAUGAUCUUUGUCAACUGGAGGGAGCUCAUCACCUGCAAUAACAAGUUUCUCAAGGCUCUGCGUGUGCGUAAGAAGACAGGUGGCGAGAACAUGCCAGUGCAGAUGAUCGGGGACAUCUUGGCGUCGGAGCUGGGCCACAUGCAAGCCUACAUCCGCUUCUGCAGCUGCCAGCUCAACGGCGCCGCCCUGCUGCAGAGCAAGACGGACCAGGAGCAGGACUUCAAGAACUUCCUCAAGAAAAUUGCCACAGACUACCGCUGCAAAGGGAUGCCACUGUCCAGCUUCCUGCUCAAGCCCAUGCAGAGGAUCACACGCUACCCCCUGCACAUCAAAAACAUUUUGGAGAGUACGUCCGAGUCCCACCCGGACCACGGGCACCUGCGCGAGGCCCAGGAGAAGGCGGAGGAGCUGUGCUCGCAGGUCAACGAGGGGGUCCGCGAGAAGGAGAACUCCGACCGCCUCGAGUGGAUCCAGAACCACGUGCAGUGCGAGGGCAUCACAGAGAACUUGGUCUUCAACUCGCUCACUAACUGCCUGGGGCCGCGUAAGCUGCUCCACAGCGGGAAGCUGAUCAAGACCAAGAGCAACAAGGAGCUGUACGCCUUCCUCUUCACGGACUUCCUGCUGCUCACCCACGCCACCAAGCAGUUCUCCUCCUCCGGCCCAGACAAGCUCUUCAGCCCCAAGAGCAACACCCAGCUCAAGGUCUACAAGACGCCGGUGUUCCUGAACGAGGUCCUGGUGAAGAUGCCUGACCCCUCUAGUGAUGAGCCAGUCUUCCACAUCUCUCACAUCGACCGCGUCUACACACUCAAAACCGAGAACAUCAACGAGAGAACGGCUUGGGUGCAGAAGAUCAAAGCGGCUUCGGAGGACUUCAUCGAGACGGAGAAGAAGAAGAGGGAGAAGGCUUACCAAGCUCGCUCGGUGAAGGCCAGUGGCAUUGGACGUCUGCUUGUCACCAUCCUGGAGGGCACCGAACUCAAGUCCUCGAAGCCCAACGGUAAGAGCAACCCUUACUGCGAGGUGACCAUGGGAGCGCAGUGCUACACGUCCAGGACCCUGAACGACACGGUCAACCCCAAGUGGAACUUCAACUGUCAGUUCCACAUCCGGGACGUGUACCAGGACGUGCUGUGCAUCACCAUAUUCGAGAGGGAACAGUUCUCCCCCGACGACUUCCUGGGCCGUACGGAGGUGCCGGUGGCGACGAUAAAGAAGGAGCUGGAGAAUAAGGGGCCGGCCACGAGACGUCUGCUGCUGCACGAGGUGCCCACCGGGGAGGUGUGGGUACGGCUGGACCUGCAGCUCUUCGACCACAAGGCACACAAAUAGCACACUCUCACACACACAUACACACACAUACACACACACACACACACACACACACACACACACACACACACAUACACACACAUACACACACACACACACAAUAUGCCUGGACCUGCAGCUCUUCGACCACAAGGCACACAAAUAGCACACUCACACACACACACACACCACACACACACACACAAUAUGCCUGGACCUGCAGCUCUUCGACCAGAAGAUGCAUAAAGAGCACACACACACACACACACACACACACACACACACACACACACACACACACACACACACACACACACACACACACACACACACACACACACGGGUCGACUUUUUCCUCGACCACAGCAUGCACAAAUUACUCUUUCAUGCGCAC